GAGACAGAGAGAGAGACAGAGAGAGAGAGAGAGAGAGACAGGGAGAGAGAGAGAGAGACAGAGAGACAGAGAGAGAGAUCUUUAGAUUGAAUCAGAGUUUAUAAAAACCUUCUUGUAUCUGAUUCGUUGUCUGACCCACAUUCGGUCUCAGCGUUGGUUUUGAGGCUUCAGGUUUCCUCUCUGGGGGGUUCGGUGGUUUCAAAUGCCGGCCUCGGUUUCGUGCUAACAUUUAAAGGAAAGAAGGUCAACUAUGAGACAUUUAGUGACAUUCAAACGCUGUCACCUCAUUGGACGCAGCGUGCUGAUCAUCAUGACUCUCAGAGCAGGUCGCCAGGUGUUAACUUUCUGUCAAUCAGUGAAACGACAGCAGCUAUAAACACGAGUCAGCGUGAGCCGCAUCCUGCAGGUUCAAGACUUUCAUUCAUAAAACAAACAGCACUCAGAGGGUUAAAUGUUUCACAAUAUAACACAGAAACAAUGACAGAGAUGAUUCAGAGAUCUAUCUUCUAUAAGGAGUCAUCUUAAGAGAUCUCAGACUCAGCAGCUUUAAAGCACUCUGUCAACACAAGCUGACUCAGCUAUAUGACAUUCAUAGCAACAUUAGCAGAUUAGCAUUAGCAUGUCAGUUAUGUAACAGUUAGAAUCAAGAGAUUUUAAUAAUUUUGCAGCUUUUUGAUGAAAGGGUGCAACACUCAGUCUGUUUCUCUUUGUGUGUGUGUGUGUGUGUGUGUGUGUGUGUGUGUGUGUGUGUGUGUGUACAGGUAUGCUGACCAUCACUGACUUCAUCAACAUUCUGCAUCGGUAUUACAAGUCUCCUCUGGUUCAGAUCUACGAGCUGGAGGAACACAAGAUAGAAACAUGGAGGGAAAUCUACUUACAAUACUCCGUCAACAGGCUGAUCAGCAUCGCUCCUGACUCCAGUCUGUUUGAUGCCAUCUACUCCUUGUUGAAGAAUAAGAUUCACCGGCUGCCCGUCAUCGACCCGGCGUCAGGAAACGUCCUCCACAUCCUCACACACAAACGCAUCCUCAAGUUUCUCCACAUCUUUGGAUCAAUGAUUCCUAAACCUCGCUUCCUUCAAAGACGCAUCAACGAAGUGGCGAUCGGUACUUUCAGAGAGAUUGCGACGGUCCAGGAAUCAGCGUCUGUCUACGACGCUCUGACCGUGUUUGUGGAGAGGAGAGUCUCUGCUCUUCCCGUAGUCGACGACAAAGGUAAGGUCGUGGCGUUGUACUCCAGGUUUGAUGUUAUCAACCUGGCAGCUCAGAAAAACUACAACAACCUGAACAUGACGAUGCGAGAGGCCGUCUCCUCCAGAGCCUGCUGCAUGGAGGGAGUCCUCAAAUGUUACCCCCAUGAGACGCUGGAGACCGUCAUUGACCGCAUCGCCAAGGCUGAGGUGCAUCGUUUGGUGUUGGUGGACAGGGACGAUGUGGUGAGAGGGAUCGUCUCUCUGUCCGACCUUCUACAAGCUCUGGUUCUCACUCCUGCAGAUAUUUAUAAGAGAUCAUCGUGUGAGGAUGAAGAAAACAAGAUGGAGGUCGACCUCAAAAAAGAAGACGGUUAAAGUGAAAUAUGUGGAAGUAUCUUCAGUCCUGAAGAGAGACAGAAAAAAAACCUUCCACCCAAAACAGUGACCACCAAUUUCCACUUUCUGUGUGCGCCGUGGUCCGUCAGCGCUAACCUACUGUGGCUGACGGAC